AUGCCGCCAGUAGCUCUAUCUUUCGAAACCGCCAUAAAUCUUAUACCCAAAUUUAAAGGGGAGUGUGCACAAGAAGUGUACCCAUUUUUAAGUACACGUGACUUCGUAAUAAAAACAGUUAGUGAAGACUGUCGUCCCGUACUCCUACAGGCUAUUUUAACUAAACUAGCAGGAAAAGCUUUCGCAGCGACACAACACCGAGAUGUGAAGUCAUGGGAAGCAUUGAGAGGAUUGUUGGAAGUAACAUUUUGUGCGAAGAGGACUCCAGGAUAUUUAAAAUUGGAAUUAACCACAACUAAACAUAAAGCUGGAGAAACAGUUCAAGAAUACUUCUCAAGGGUUGUAGCACUUUUACACGAACUGUACAAUUUCAGCACUGCCAAAAGGUCUCCAACAGACGCCAAAGCAGUUCAUGAAUAUAUAAAAGAGACCACCCUAACUAAAUAUGUGGAGGGCCUACCAUCCUCUAUUCGUGGAGUGAUAAAAUCAAAAAAUCACACGUCGUUGGAAGAAGCAAUCAAAGACAGCUUAGAAGAAGACAGAAUAUACCAAUCCAAUAAAGGGACACAACGUUUAUUAUAUAACAAAUACAAUAACAACAGUAGCAACAAAUAUUGUAAAAACUGUAAAAAAAACUAA